CACUUCUUAGAUACAUCGGCUUACAUUUGUUUUGAAGCGAUAUUUUUUUGUUACGUACGUUUAUAAGUGUUCGUGAACAUCAAAGAAUUCUUGCUCCCAUCAACAAAAGUCGAGCUUAUUCGAAGCAUUAAAAUAUGCAAACUUUAUUGGUGCGGGUGUGAAUAUAUUUUAACGAUGAUAGAUUUUCUGUAAAGUUUGUCAUGGAAUGAUGGUUGGUCAAGUUCUAAGUGGUACGUCAGGUAUCAUUCUGCUUGUUGUCAUUGUAUUGGUUCUCCUUUGUAUUGCGGUUUUGGUCGUUCUUAAAUACGCACUCAGAAAUAAACCAAAAAGUCGUCACUCUGUUUAUCAUAAAUAUGCCGUUUUAAAAAGUCAAGAAGAUGUUGCUGUUAAUGUCAAACAGAAUCCCAUCCAACCUCCAUCUCAUGCGAACGUUAAAGUGAGGCUCAUCCCUCCAAAACUAUUGGAAUCGAAAAGAAUAACAAGUAUAAAAUAUUCAGGAGAAGAAGAAGAAGAAAAAAAAGAAAAAAUAUUGGAAAAGAAAAAUGAGGAACAUAAAAAAACUAAUUCUGAAAAUGUGAUCACAUUUUCUAAUUAUCGAGAAAAGUUUUUUGGUUUGCUCGAUAUGUCAAAUGGGCAUAACAAGAACAAUAUUAAACGUCAUUCCAAACCUGAUAUGGUUGAUGUGUUGGAUCGGAACACGUUUUUGAGGAGUAAAUAUCGAUCACGCAGACCAGACAGUAUAUAUGACGAAGGUAUAGGGAAAUUGACGUUCACUUUAGGCUACUCUAAAAUCGACGACUUCCUCACCGUUCAUUUAAUCGCUGGACGACAAAUUUAUUCACAUGACCCUUUAAAUAAUAUUCGACUGCCGGCAGUUAGUAUACAAAUCGAGAAUAUGCCUGAAACAGAAGUCACUUCGAACCCUGAUGAAGCCCCAAAUCCUGAGUAUGACCAAGAAUUUACAUUUUCAUUGCAACAGCACGAACUUUAUGGAACUUGCUUGCGAUUCAUUGUGUGGGAUAUUAUAUCCAAUCAUGAAACGAGUGUAGUAGGUUUUUCUCAAGUUAAUUUAAAGGACUUUCACCAUACACUUCUUGGCAGUGCAGCGGAGAGUAGUUUGAUUUGUAAAGAUAUCAAACCUACGUUGAGUAGCGAGAUAACUGAAGGGUUAGGUGAAGCAUUGGUGUCAUUGUACUAUGAUUGCGUCACUGACAAAAUUGUUGUUAAUUUAAGAAGAUUAAGAAAAUUAGACGUGCAAAAAAAUGAUCAAGAAGUUUAUGUGAAAAUUUCGUUGCUGCUGGACAAUGACAUCAUUCAAUGCAAAAGAACAACUGAAUACCCACCAGUUCAAACUACACAAAUAAACCAAUCAUUCGAGUUCAGUGCACUUUCCUCAGACUUUAAUCAGAUAACUAAUAAUAAUAGCCCAAAACUACAUCGCGAGUUAAUGAUUCCUGUUCCGGAUAAUUCAGUGAGCAGCAUUCAGUCUGUUAUAAAUCCCAGUGGAUUAGGAUUUGAUACUCUUAAAAACAAUAUGGGAAUCCUCAUUAGUGUUCGCGCCAAAACUUUAACUAAAAGAAAACGAGUUAUCGGGCGAAUAUAUAUUGGCAAGUCAGAUAGUUCAACAGACGGAUUAUCGGACCAGUUUUUUCAUUGGUCGGAAAUGGUAAAACAUUUUGAUAAUGUUAUCACUCAAUGGCAUACUUUAAAACUAUCCAGUUACUGAUUUAUUAAAAUAAAAUAUGGAAUAGAUUGUGAAAUUAUUUAUUGAUCCCAUCUUUACAAAA